AUCGGGUCUGUCGACCAGCUUCCAAAUGAGGAAGUUUCACUGAAUCUUCAAUUAGAUUCAAUCUACUCCAUCUUCGUUGUUCGUGUUGAUUUCUUCGUCCCAUUAAACGCUGUGAUGUCAGCUGGUAUGACUCUACCUCCCAUGAAUGAGAAAUUCAUUAAUACCCCUGAACCUGAGUCUGUUGUAGCCUCGUCAGGCUCUCCCCAAUCUGCCACUCCUCAACCUCAGUCCCCUCCACCUUCCACUAAUUCUGCGUCUAUUGAGGCCUCCUCCCCCGGCACCGCCUCUCUUACCGCGUGCCCAGCUAACACGAGCGUCAGCAGCAGUAGCAAUCGAUAUGCCAACGGCACGACCCAGCCUUCCAGCGGUACGAGGUCAUCCGCAUGUCGUGCUGCCAGCGACUCCUUUGCAACUCGGUCCGCCGGCUCCUCAUUUCCCACCGCCACAUCAACCGCAAACACUGACCAGCCACACAUCGGCAAGUACAAGUUCAUUCGUACCAUCGGGAAGGGCAACUUCGCCAAAGUAAAGCUUGCUUGCCACGUAAUCACUGGCAAGGAGGUUGCCAUAAAAAUUAUCGAUAAGACACAGCUGAGUCCGUCUAGUCGGCAGAAACUCUUCCGAGAGGUGCGUAUAAUGAAGAUGCUGGACCACCCAAAUAUUGUCAAGCUGUUCGAGAUCAUACCCAACGAGAAGGUUCUCUAUUUGGUCAUGGAAUAUGCCAGUGGAGGUGAAGUUUUCGACUUUCUCGUGACGCACGGGAAGAUGGCGGAGCGCGAGGCUCGUGCCAAAUUUCGCCAAAUCGUCUCCGCGGUGCAGUACUGUCACCAGAAGAAAGUCGUCCAUCGUGACCUCAAGGCGGAGAACCUUCUUCUCGACGCCCAGAUGAACGUGAAGAUCGCCGAUUUCGGCUUCUCCAACGAGUUCAGCCCCGACAAGAAACUCGACACCUUCUGUGGCAGUCCUCCGUACGCUGCUCCUGAACUCUUCGAAGUACGUCACCCUUUUGUCCACCUCCUCUUUUAUUGA